AUGUCGCUGAGAAAAGUUGAUGGUGGCCUUUCAAAGAUUGAUUUGGUGAUUGUAUUGGAUGCUUCCGGUAGUGUAAAAAUUAAUAAUUUUAAAAAGAUGCUAGACUUCUGUAAAGCUUUCUUGGCCAAGGCUGAUAUCGAAUCUGGCAAUAUCCAGGCUGGAAUUCUAAGUUAUAGUUAUAAUGCCAAGAUAGAAUUCCAGAUUGGUACCUUUUCAACAACUUUGGACAUCCAAAAUGCAGUUGAUGGAAUUAACUAUUCUGGCGGCACAACCAAUACUGCUGAUGCUAUCAAAACAAUGGCUUCUGACAUGUUUGAUACAACAGCAGAUCGUGCAGAUGCUCCCAACAUCGGUAUAAUUAUAACUGAUGGUAAGUCUAAUGUAGACUCUGGAAGGACUAUCCCUGAAACUCAGGCUGCUAGAGGAAAAGGAAUUCAUAUCUACUCUAUUGGUAUUGGGUUGGCAGAUAAUACAGAGGUCUUUGCAAUAGCCACACCACCAAGCGAAAAUAACAGCUUUAUUAUACAGGAUUUUAAUGAAUUAAGUGGACUUGAUGAGACAAUUUUCUCCUCAAUUUGCCAAGACGUUAAUGAAUGUGCGAGUUCCCCUUGCAAAAACGGAGGAACAUGCGUAGACAAGGUAAAUGCGUUUACCUGUUCGUGUCCUGGUGGGUUUUCCGGAGAUAUGUGUGAAAUAGACAUUGAUGAAUGUGCGGAUUCCCCUUGCCAGAACGGAGGACAAUGCACCGACAAGGUUAAUGAGUUUACCUGUGCGUGUGCUGAUGGUUUUACGGGAAAUACAUGUGAAAAUGACAUUGAUGAAUGUGAGGAAUCCCCUUGCCAGAACGGAGGACAAUGCACAGACAAAGUUAAUGGGUUUACCUGUGCAUGUGCUGAUGGUUAUGAGGGAAAUACAUGUGAAAAUGACAUUGAUGAAUGUGAGGAAUCGCCUUGCCAGAACGGAGGACAAUGCACAGACAAGGUUAAUGGGUUUACCUGUGCAUGUGCUGAUGGUUAUGAGGGAAAUACAUGUGAAAAUGACAUUGAUGAAUGUGAGGAAUCCCCUUGCCAGAACGGAGGACAAUGCACAGACAAAGUUAAAGGGUUUACCUGUGCAUGUGCUGAUGGUUAUGAGGGAAAUACAUGUGAAAAUGGCAAGAAAGAAAAAACAGAACGAGAAUUUAGAACUAGAAGACGAGGAGGACUACGACAUUAUUUGCCAUCACCUAAUAUUGAGAAUUUCACUGUGAAUGAUUAUGUGGCUGUUGCAUAUCAAGAUAACUGGUAUCCAGUGUUCCCCGAGUAUUGGUUAAGACCAAAAACAGCAUCGUCAAAUUCAGGCUUGGAAUACUUGACAGGGAAAAACUUUGUAGUCAAACCAUAA